GUAAACAAAAAAGUCAAAAGAGUCGCUUCACAAUGAGAAAUUCUAAAGUUAUCAUUGUCCGAGUGGGCGUGACGACGACGACGACAAUAAAGCUCGACAAACAUUGCCGGAAAGUAGGCUGAUUCCUUCUUCAAAAAGUCAUUCAGCCUCUGUAAAUUCUCUCACCUCACCAUUAAUUUCAGUUCCACCAAUAAACGUAUAUGUUGAUGGUACGAGGCACAGGCUCUGUUGUGGACUUGGAAUUACAGGGAAUGGCUUCUUCUGGGGACUCGUGGAUCAGGGAAUAUAAUGAAGCAGUAAAACUCACAGAUGACACCGGUAACAUGAUAUCUGAAAGAACUUCAUUGCCCGCAACAGGCCCAGAAGCACAGCGUCAUUCAUCUUCAAUAAGGAGGAAGAUCACAAUAUUAGGAACUAGGCUUGAUAGCUUACAGUCUAUUGACUCUAAGCUUCCCGGAAAGCAACAUUUGACAGAGAAAGAGAUGAAUCGUCGGAAGGAUAUGCUUGCAAAUUUAAAAUCAAAAGCAACCCAAAUGGCCUCCACAUUGAAUAUGUCGAACUUUGCCAAUAGGGACAGCUUGCUUGGACCAGAAACAAAGGCAGCAGAUGCUAUUAGCAGAACUACAGGCCUUGAUAAUUAUGGUGUUGUUGGUCUUCAAAGGCAAAUUAUGAAGGAACAAGACGAGGGGCUUGAGAAAUUAGAGGAGACUGUGAUAAGCACCAAACAUAUAGCAUUGGCUGUUAAUGAGGAGCUAGGCUUGCAAACAAGACUCAUUGAUGACCUGGAUGAACAUGUUGAUGUUACUGACUCAAGACUUCAGCUAGUUGGGAGGAAGCUUGCAGUUUUGAACAAACGCACAAAGGGUGGUUGCUCUUGCAUGUGCAUGCUUUUAUCGGUGAUUGGGAUUGUACUACUUGUUGCAGUUAUAUAUAUGUUGAUAAAGUAUUUGUAAAUGGGUGGAAAAAAAGGUAAACUGUAAAUGCAAAAGAACUAUGUCCCUCUGCUUCUCUUUUCAUGCAUUGCUUGGGUGAUUUGAUAUGUUCCAUGAUAGUGAUAAUUGACUUUUCUGUAUUGACGACAUAUUCUAAGCUCAUGUUCUACUUUGCAUGUUUUCAAACUUGAAAAAUUGUUAAAGCUUGUUUGCCUCGUUUUUCUAAGGGAUGUCUUAAAUUAUGCAGC